AUGGACAUGCUCCGACGCCUGCUUUGCUGCCUCGGCACGCGCCACCGCCAAGGGCAGCUUCGGCAACGCCAUGAUGGCCGCAGUGGUCAGGACGACGCGAGGAAGGGCUUCUUACGCGCCGCCCUCGUGGCCGGCGCCGCGCGGUUUAGUCGCAGCGAAAACGUUGAGCAGCUUGAGACGCCAACGCCUCGCUAUCGCCGGUGGCCGCGCCAGCGGGGUACUAACCGUAUCUUCGCCCGGUCUCCCCCGUGCGGCAUUGCCGGCGCCGGGUCCGUCGAACCGAGGCCUGUAACAGAUGCUACCGCGACGGCCGUGGAAGAAGUCAUCGGACGAGCUGGCUGCCAUGGGUUCUCCAGGGAUCAUGCCGCGGCCGCCACCAUCCAGGCCCACUUCCGCGGCCACCUGGCGAGGCGGGCGCUCCGCGCCCUGAGGAGCCUGGUGAAGCUGCAGGCGUUCGCGCGGGGUUCGUACGUGCGGAAGCAGGCCAACGUCGCCAUCCGGUGCAUGAAGGUGCUCGUGAGGCUGCAGGUGCGCGUGCGCGCCCGGCAGCUUCUCUCGACACGGCAAGCAGGCAAGGUGCAUUAG